AUGCCUGCCUACACCUCCCGCGAUGUUGGCGACCCGUCGCAGAUCAAGAAGAACAAGCAGUCGAUGGCCGAUCUCAAGCUGCGCCGAUUGACGGAACUCAACAACCGCUUGCGCGAGGAUCUCGAGAGGGAACGUAUUCCGGUUAGCAAUGCUUCUAAGAGCAUCAUUGCCUACUGCAACAGCACGAGAGACUACAUGGUUCCUUCGGUCUGGGGCGCUGUCCCCCGUGGCGAGGAUCCCUACGCACCACAACAAAGCGGCGGAUGCUGUAUCGUGAUGUAA